UGCUCCCUCUCUUCCCUUCCCCAAAUCCUGGUUUCUGCUCCUCCGCAGGCCGAGGACCAGGAGAUAAUCUUAUGUGCCAUCCGGACUUGCAGCCGCCUCUUUGGAGCUUUGCUCAUGCGGGGUGAACUCUUCGCUGGCAAACUUCCCUCCGAGGAGGAAUCUAUCCAAGAGAGUUGCAGUGCAGAAACGAAAUACAAAAUCUGGAUGAGACAUCGCUACAACAGUUGCACCAAUUGCCUAGGGGAACUGAUGGGCCACAAAUCGUUCCCAGUCAAAGAAACUGCUCUUGGUACCCUGAUGAAAUUCACUGAACUAGAAGCCAAACACCCUUUGGUCAAGAAUGAAUGGAGUUUCAAUUUCCCCCGGGAGCUUUUACAAGUGGUUGUGGAGGGCCUAAUCCAGACAGACCAAGAUUCCUCGCUCCUAAUCUCUCACUUCCAGGAAUACAUGGAACAGGAUGAUGUCCGGUUCUUUGUGAUGAAGGCAGUAGCCGAAAACCUGGGCAGCGUGAUGCAGAAGGCCAAACGGGCCCCAUUUCCGAUUUACCAAAAGAAUGCCUUCACUCUCAUUUCGUCCAUCAUCAUGCCGAGUGAGGAAGGCGAGAUAAAAAACUUUCUGGUGAAACAUGCUAAUCAGGAGGAGUGGAAAGUGUCCAAGCUAAAGGAACACAGGCGGGCCUUCGAGAGGAUGUGGCUUGGAUUCCUGAAGUACAAGUUACCUGGAAGUCUCUACAAAAAAGUGUUGGUCAUCCUGCAUGACUCCAUCUUGCCCCACCUGAAUGAGCCCACCCUCUUGAUGGAUUUCUUGACGGUCGCUUACGAUGUUGGUGGAGCCAUCAGCCUUCUUGCGUUAAAUGGACUGUUUGUUCUGAUCCUCCAACAUAAUUUGGAAUAUCCAGAUUUCUACACCAAACUCUACAGUCUUCUGGACCCCUCCAUCUUCCACGUAAAAUACCGGGCCCGAUUUUUCCGUUUGUUGGACAUGUUCUUAUCGUCUUCACACUUGCCAGCAUAUCUGGUGGCAGCGUUUGCGAAACGCCUCUCCCGCCUGGCACUCACUGCCCCUCCUGAUGGCUUGCUGAUUGUCAUUCCAUUUAUCUGUAACCUCUUGAGGAGGCAUCCAUCUUGCCUGGUGCUCAUCCACAAGCCCAACAGCCUUGCAGAGAUGUCAGAGGAUCCUUAUAAGAUGGAUGAAAAAGAGCCCUUGGAAAGCAAGGCUUUGGAGAGCUCCUUGUGGGAAAUAAAAACGCUGCAGAAGCAUUAUCAUCCUGAUGUUGCCAGUGCCGCGGCUGAAAUUAACCUUCCUCUAUCUGAGAUGGAACAGGAUUUGUCUGAGACCCUAGAAUUGACAGCUUUUGAGAUAUUUGAUAGGGAUAUUAAGAAAGAAACAAAGGACGUUCCAUUGGAAUAUCAGCAAGCCCGGGGUCUCUUCGGGAAAAAGGACGAUAUCUUUGCGGAAUACUUUUCGCUGGAAUGACUCUGGGGGUAACAUAGGACAAUAAAGACCUUUUUUUCUUUUUAAA